AUGGACAUAAGUGGAGCAUCAAGUAAAAACAUUGAUCACAGAAAGCUGUUCACACAGCGAGUCUGCUGCAGAAGACAGAGCCACUUUGCAUACAUUGGCCAAGACAUUUCUGGGAGUCCUGUCAGCAUAGAUGUGGGUCUGUGCAGGUCACACUGCGGGGUAACAAGACCAUCACAUGACGCAGGCCAUCAGGAAUACUCUAAAUAUUCCUCCAUGCUGGAAUUUCUCAGGAGCAAAAAGAUGAGGACGCGCGUGCCCCUUGCCUCUGAGAGCUCGGAGCCGCUGAACCAGCUGCCGUCCUGCGGAAUGAACCAAGUGUGCGAGCCCACUGGUUUGCGCGUGGACCGGGUUCUUUUGUUCGAGGGACCCCGGGAGGUGGAGGUCAUCGAAGAGUGCCACUGCGAGAUAAAGCUGAGCCAGUGCAUCCGCGUGCCCGCACUGAAGACUUACUAUUCUGAAACACCGUAUGAAACUGUCAUAGAUGUGGGAGGAUGUUCACGGUCCAAAGGAUCCCCAGAGGGAUUCUCUUGCGUCCCCACUAAGUUUGACUCAGCUUUGGUGGAAACCCCCAACAAAGUGGAUCUGAUCCAGACUGUGGUGGCCUGUGAGCUGAAGGAAAGCUGCUACAGGGUUCCAUAUGUGGAGUAUUAUUAUGAAAUAGUCCACCACGCAGAUGGAGUCAAAGAGGAAAGACUCAAAGAAAUAGAUGUGGGCAGAUGUUUGGGAGGUUGUACUACAGGAAACCGAUGCCUUCUCAGGAGUCCUGCUGAGCCUGAAAACUGCUACUUGUGGUCUGAAAGACAGUCAAGGACUUGUGUUCCUCAAGCAUAUGAGAGUCACAGCUUCCUCAACCAGCAUGGAUUGAUUCGCACGGUCCUCUCCAUCACUUCCUGCUUCUGUCAAAGCUAAACAUGGUCACUUCUACUGGAAAACAACUCCCCAAGGAUCCUUAGUGGCUUCCAAAGACUGGCUCACAGUUUAGACAA